AUGAAUAUUUACAAGACUCCGAAUUGUACGGUGGACUACAUUGAAGUUAGGGAUGGAUACUGGAGUGGAAGUCCUCUGAUAGGUGGUUUUUGCGGGAAUGAAAUUAUACUGCCUAUAAAAUCCCAGAGUGAUCGUAUGCUGGUGACAUACGUAAAAACAAGCGAUAAAAAAGAUUAUUACGGCUUCACGGCAAGUUAUUACAAAACUUGUGGCGGCGACAUUGAAAUAAAUAACAACUUCGUCUUUGUGGAGUCACCUAACUUCCCGGACAACUAUCCGCCAAACUCCCAAUGCACUUGGAACAUCAGCUAUCUGAAGAAUAAAACACUUCGGAUAAUUAACUACUUCUUUAACACGAAAAAGUCCUCAGACUGUCAGAAUGAUUUUCUCGAAAUACUCGGUGGUUUUGAUUUUGACUCUUCUCUUAUUGGACGAUACUGCAAAACUCAUAUGUCUUCUAAGACAAACGCGACUGGAGGAAACGUACAGUUAAAAUUUUCCGGUGAGACUCCUAUUAAAGACUCGGGAUUUAGUAUCUUGGUUAGAGCCACCGAUAAUCGUGAAAAGAAAGUAGAAUCGGAAACGGAGAAACCGAUGCCUGGCUCGGCGAGUCAUCAAGUUUUUAGCUUGAGCUUUAUAUUUUUAAUUUCUUUGGUAUCAUUAUUUAAUUUUAUUAAUUAA